GCUGGGCGGAGCUAUAUAAGCGCGGUUGAGUCCAGUCGUUGUAUUGUUGGAGCGGAAGCCGCACCCGAGCACGUCACCCGUACCCCGGAUACCCGCCACCGUAGCCAGCAUGGGGGACAAGAUGGAUAUGUCCCUGGACGACAUCAUCAAGAUGAACCGUACCCAGAGAAGUACCUCCGGCCGGGGUCGGGGAGGACGCGGCGCCCGCGGCGGACUAGGCCGCGGUGGAGCCGGUGCUCGAUUAGGCGGUGGCCGUGGGGCCGGAGUUUCUCUGCGGACCAGACCUUCGCUCACCCGAGGCGGCAGGAAUAGGCCCACGCCGUACAGCAGGCCCAAACAGCUCCCGGACAAGUGGCAGCACGACCUGUUUGACAGCGGAUUCGGGGCGGGAGCCGGAGUGGAGACCGGCGGCAAACUGCUGGUCUCCAACCUGGACUUCGGGGUGUCUGAUGCGGAUAUCCAGGAGCUCUUCGCUGAGUUUGGGACCCUGAAGAAGGCCGCUGUACACUACGACCGGUCGGGACGGAGUUUAGGCACGGCCGAUGUGCACUUUGAGAGGAAAGCAGAUGCGCUGAAGGCUAUGAAGCAGUAUAACGGAGUUCCCCUGGAUGGUCGGCCGAUGAACAUCCAGUUGGUCACGUCACAGAUAGAAGCUCAGAGGCGGCCAGUACAGAGUCAGCCAAGGGGCGGCAUGGUUCGACCACGAGGGGCGUCUGUAGGGUUUGGCGGCGCGGUUGGCGCUAGGAGAGGGGGCAGAGGCGGGAGCAGAGGCCGUGGCCGAGGGGCCGCGAGAAACACAAAGCAGCAGCUUUCAGCAGAAGAACUGGAUGCACAGCUCGACGCCUACAACGCCAGAAUGGACACCAGCUAAUCGAUUCUCCCUCAUAUAUCGUGCUGCUGUCGGCUCAGCGAACCUUUCUACCAACUUGCAUUUUUGUUUUUUUGGCUUUUAUUUCUGAUAGGGUUUUAAACUUGUGUAAAGUUGCAUUAUUUUUUCUUUAGCAGACCUGUUUUUUGUAUGCAUUUGUUCAGAGGAUGGGUUUUACUUGUUGAGUGUAUGCAGGUUCUCAUUUUUUUUCACUUUACAAAAUAAUAAAAAAAAAAGAAAAGAAAA